AUGUCAACUGAACUUGCCUCAGUUACAGACCAGAUUUUGAGUAUCCGCCGUACUCUUGAACUCCAGGCAGCCGAAAUUGCUAAACUCAAGGGGGACUUAAUUUUGAAAGAUGAGGCAUUUGAGAGGCAACGACUAGAUCUAGAAACCCUGAAUACAAAAUAUGUAUCCGAGAUUGAACAUGUAGCUGACAUUCAGCACGAGAAGGACUUGGCUGAACGUGAAUUGGAAGAAUUAAGCAGCCAGCUGUUCGAAGAGGCUAACGGGAUGGUGGCAACAGAAAAAAGAGCAAAGUGGAUUCUUGAAACUCAGUUGAAGCAAACACAAGCCAAUUUGGAAGCUGAACGUAGCCAGCUCAAUGCACUUCAACAUAUUCUGCAAGAUACACUGGCCAAGGCACCACAGAAUCAACCUCUGUCUAUACAGUGUAACUCUUUGGUUUAUCAACAACCCCAAGAGAAACCAUGGCACACAAUGAGCGAAGCUUUUCGGAUUUUUGUUUCUCAACCAUCAACAUCUAUGAAGAAAUUGCGCCAGAGUGCUUAUGUGCGCCAAUGCCAAGUAGAAGAUGUUGAGCCAUGCCUACGCCUCGGACCACCAUCAAAAAUAUCAGCUAAAAAAUUAAUGGAGUCGCUAGCUGGACAAGCGUGUUGCAUUGAACCCACUCCGGAUACAGAAGAUGUGGGGUCGUGCAAUGAUUCAUUGUCAGUUAGGCCUCACCGAUUUCUUUGGGACCGAUUUUCAUCCCCUACAGACCCCCAUAGCUGUGCUGUAUGUGGAAGACCGACGGGAUAUCCGACCCCAUAUCGAUUCAAACUUGAUGCUUCGGAUGAAUGGUCGUUAGUAGAUAGCUCUUGCCGAGAUAGAUUGGUGGCCGUUUGUGAGUUUUAUUCCUUUGUGCGCCGUGUUCAACAAACUGCUACGUCUAAUAGAUCUAUUCAUGCUUUGUACGCCGAGAGCAUUAGGCUCAGACUACAAAUGGGGUACGCUCGCUUAGGUGUCUUGCCAUGGAUGUUGGAAGAAUUAAACGCUCUAUAUAAAAAGAUGAAGCCUUCUGGCUCCCUCCCUGAUGACUCUGAUGAGGGGUCAGUCUCUUCUGGACCCCAUACGCCGAUCCAUUCUAGAAUCUCCUCAUCCUCCUCUCAUUCAGAAUGCCAUGUACAGUCUACCUGGUCUGGGAGUAAACCCAGCAGUGAAUCUUCUACUCAAGAUUGUGAAGAGAGAACAAUAUAA